AUGGCGCGACAUAGGGACGAGGUCCCGGAGGAGGAGGACCAGGAGAUGGAGGAAGAGCUCCUGACCCUCCAGUUCGACGAGCCGCUAUCGUGGCGUGCUGGGAAGCCAAUUGCCACCGGCGAGCUUCUGCGACGCCUCGAGAAGCUCUCCAAGGAACUGGUUGACCUGGACCAAGAGACUAUCGACAAGGACUCCCUCACUGGUGUCGCCAAGGACCUCGCUUCCCAUCAUCUGUUGGCGCACAAGGAAGGGGGCGUCAAGGCAUUCGUCGCAUCUUGUCUGGUCGACAUCCUGAAGCUAUGCGCACCAGAGGCCCCGUUCACUCCAAAACAGCUCAAGGAGAUAUUCACCCUUUUUGUCCGAGUAAUCCUGCCCGCCCUCUGGGACCCGACGAACGCCUACAAUACACAACACAAAUACGUCCUCACCUCUCUUGCAGAAGUCAAGAGUAUACUCCUGAUCAAUGAAGUCGCCAAUGCUGAAGACCUGCUGCUUGAUCUGUUCUCUUCCUUCUUCGACGGCAUCUCUGGGUCGUCCAAGUCAACAUCAGGGGAACAGGUGGCCAAAGACGUGGAAUUCCACAUGACAGACAUCUUGGUAACGCUGGUUGAUGAGAGCCCGUCCUUGCCACCUGCCGUGUUAGAUGUCAUAAUGGCCCAAUUCUUGCGAGCCGCACCUCCCGGAGGCCUUAAGGAAAAGGCGGAUCUCAAUGGGAACCAAACAACUCUACUGCCCAAGGAAGAGCCAGAGGCGUACGUCAUGGCCAAGACAGUCUGCAAUUCUUGCCCCGAGAAGAUGGCGCGCUACGUCGGCCAGUACUUUAGCGAUGUGAUUCUCGACGUUUCAGGAAAAGGAGGUCAUGCCAACGGUCACAAGGACGACGACGACGGCGACGAUGAUGACGCGCCUUCUGGGCCUUCAGAUUCAGACUUUAGGGAGUUACGGAAGGCACACCAGCUGCUGCGGGAGCUCUGGCGGGCAGCUCCAACAGUUCUCCCAAAUGUGGUGCCCCAAGUGGACGCAGAACUGUCCGCCGAUAACGUAUCGCUACGUUUACUGGCUACUGAGACACUGGGAGAUAUGAUCUCCGGUAUUGGCGCUGCGGGACCACCUCCUUCCCCCGUUCUCGACCCGGCAGCAUAUCCUCCCCUAAAGCUGGAUGACGAAGUACCCGAUCAUCCUUCAGCCAGUAUCCUGACUACUCCCAUCUCGCCCCUUUCUUUCGCCCAGACCCACCCGCAGGCCUUUCACAAUUUCACCAGCAGGCGGAAUGACAAAUCUCCCCAAAUUCGAACAGCUUGGACUACCGCUGUAGGCUACAUCAUCUCAACGUCGGCUGGCGGUAUCGGUCUCAGCCGUGACGAUGAAUCGAUUUUUGUGAACGGCUUGCGAGACAGGCUGAACGACAGCGACGAGAAGGUCCGGUUGGCUGCGGUGAAAGCGAUCGAAACCUUCAGCUUUCGGGAUGUUGUCACCAAGCUGGCCGCAAUCGGGGGCGUCACUAAGGAGGGAUCGGUCCUCUUCACAUUAGCAGACCGAUGUCGAGACAAGAGAUCGUCGGUACGUGUGGAGGCCAUGGCACUUCUGGCGAAGCUAUGGGCUGUCGCAAGCGGUGAAAUAGCUGCUGGACAGGAAGUUGUGAUAUCUGCAUUAUCAGGCAUUCCCACACGUAUUCUCAAGACCUUCUACGCCAACGAUCUCGACGUGAACGUACUCCUUGAACGAGUCAUGUUCGAAUGUCUGGUGCCUCUGUCAUUCCCUCCUCCCCCAAAGGCCAAGGGCUCCAAGUCGUCGCAAUCGCAGUCACAAUCAGCUGUUGACCCGAAUUAUGACCCUGAUGCGAUCCGCGCCGAGAGAAUCUUGUUGCUCGUAAAGGACCUAGAUGAUAACGCCAAAACGGCUUUCAACGCGUUACAAGCACGGCAGCAACAGUUCUCGAAGGUCUGUGAGACCUUUGUAGCGCAGUGCGAUGCCCACAACGGAGGAAAUCCCCAGGGAAACGCAGACAAAAUAAAACAGAACCUUAAAAAGGUCAUACAGUACCUCUGCCAGUUCUCACCUGAUGCGAUCAAGGUAGAGGCUGAUCUGCACAAUUUUGCCCUGUGGCAUGAUCGUCGCAGCUACCAGCUCAUCAGGUUCGCCGUGUCUCCAGAGAGUGACUUCAAGACGAUGCAUAGGGCUGUCAAGGAGAUCAUCAAGAGGGUUCAAGGCUCUCCUAGGCCGCACAUUCUGGACACGUUGCUGCCACUUCUCUACCGCUCUGCCUACAUCAUAUUCAACAAAAGUCAUCUCGCUACCUACAUGGCUUGCUCCAAAAGCGAUAAGGACGGUCUCGGCGCUGCAGCCCAGGAGGUUACUACCGAGAUUUUUCAGCAUAAUCCGGAUCUCUUCAAAGCUCACGUCGGUCAGCUAUGUAAAGAUUUGGUGGAUGGUGCACCAAGCGCCGACGAAACGAACGAUGGUGCCAUGGUCGAGACCUUGAAGGCUUGCUCGUCGUAUUCCAGGAGAUAUCCUACGGAGCUUCCAGAUGACCGGAAGUUCACUCAGGCUCUGAUGAGCUAUGCCUUGCAUGGUCAGCCAGCCAAGGCCGCCAAGUAUGCUGUCAACGUAAUGAUGGCUAGGAAGGACGAGAAGAGCAUGAUCGCUGCCACUGACCUCUUGCAAAGGGUGAUGAAGGAUUGGGGCUUCGAUUCACCCCAUUUUCUGAAUAAAUUGGCAGCGGUCAGUCAGUUGGAAUUAUUGGCACCUCAGGUGACAGCCGAAGCCAACGAUGAGAUUGUCGAAAUGGCGCUGAAGAACGUCCUCCAGAAGGUCCGCACUGAUGCCAAAGAGUCUGACCCCGAAUGGGUGGCAGAUGCGGAUCUUGAUGAGGAAGGCCAAGUCAAAUGCUGGGCCCUCAAGCUAAUUGUGAACCGUCUUCGGGGUAUUCAGGAGGUCGAAGAAGCCAAGGAACUUGCGGUUCCGGUCUUCAAACUCCUCCGCAACAUCCUGAAGACACAAGGUGAGUUGUGCAAGACUCAAGACACACCGAGGCAUCACAAGACUCGCCUGCAAUUGCUCGCGGGGCAGCUUUUCUUGAAGUUGUGCACCUCAAAGCACUUCGAGGAACUCUUCUCGCAUUCGGACUUCAACCAGCUAUCGAUUCUGGCCCAGGACCCAUGCGGUGAGGUUCGUCGAAGAUUUAUCGAGAAACUCCAAAAGUAUCUCGUGCAGAACAAGCUUCGGCCUAGAUUCUAUACGAUCAUAUUUCUAACCGCAUUUGAGCCUCAAGCGGAUUUCAAAAGUCACAUUGAGACUUGGAUACGGUCUCGCGCUCGAUUCUUCCGCGAGGCCAAGCAGAAUGUCAUGGAAUCUACGAUGGGCAGGCUGAUAUCCCUACUGGCCCACCACCCUGACUAUAGCACAGAACUGGACGAUCUUACAGACCACGCUCGAUAUCUUCUGUACUACGUUAGUAACGUUGCCACCGAGGCUAACUUUGGGAUGAUCUUCAAGUACGCCGAACGCGUGAAACAGACACUUGACGGGAUCACGCCCGCAGAGAGCGAGAACCUUUACGUGAUCAGCGAUCUUGCGCAGAGCAUACUAAGGAAAUGGCAAGAGCGAAAGAAUUGGACCUUCCAGGCCUUCUCCGGCAAGGUUGGGCUGCCCAUGGGUUUGUACACUGCCCUUCCCACCCAUCGGGCGGCACAAGAGAUUGCAGAAAAGCAAUACCUUCCUGCGGAAAUGGACGAAGUCCUAGAUAACCUCUUGAGAUCAGUUGACAAGAAGAAGAAACGUAAGAGCAUGGAUGAGCGAGCUGAGGGCCAACCUGCCCAUAAAAAAGCUAGAGCAGCACCGCACAAGGUCGCGCCGAAAGCCAAGGCAGUAUCAAAAGCUCCAAAGGCUUCAGCGAAAAAGAUGGCCGCGAGAUCUUCAAAGCCUGCAGCUAGAUCCAAGAAAGCCGCGGCCGCGGCCACGUCUUCUUCUCCAGGACCCGAUUCUGCCGAUCGUAGGCGCAGUGGUCGCUCAAGAAAAAGCUCAACCUACAUCGAACGAGACUCUUCGGACGACGACGACGACAUGCUGGAAGGGGUCGCAGCGUGGGAGUACUACGACAAAGAAGGCAACGUGGUGCAAAAUGAAGAGGACAGUGAAUCAAGCUUAACAGAGGUUGAUGAAGCAGACGAGGCAAUGGACGACGUUGCGAAAGAUGUUGCCGCGGCGCCAGCGGAAGAACAAGAGGACUCGGAACUGAGUGAGCUCGACGAGGUAGAAGAGGUUGGGGAGGCCGAGGAGGCAGACGAAGCAGAGGAGGCAGAGGAGGUAGAGGAGGCAGAGGACGAGUCUGAGCCGCAACCGGCGAGGUCGAAUGGACGGAGGUCCCGUGCCGCUGCCGCUCCUGCACCAAAAGCGAAAACCCUACCAUCCAGACCUGCUGCUAAAGCCAGCGCGGCGAAGGGCAAAUCAGCCGCUGCUACCAAAUCCAAGGCGAAGCCGAAGCCAGCGCCGAAGCCAGCACCGAAACCAGCAACGAGAGCAAAGAGCACCCGCUCCACGAGGGGCAAAAAGGCAGCGGAAGACUACGAUAUAGAAGAGGACUCGGAAUGA